AGAGGGCGACGCACUACUAGAGACCUUUGGUAGGAUGUGUCAUGGGAUGAGCUUGGCUGCUCAAAACGAAAGGAAACUGUAGCGCUCUGCCAUCGGGCUUCAUUGUUUUCCAGUCGUCUGGCUGCGCCUGGAGUGUCUGAAAAUGGACUCAUCAAAAGGGGUAGCUGCCUCUGAGAAGGAACAGAAGCCAGCAGGGAAGGAGAGUGAAGAGACGUCCAGCGAACCGUUCAGCACCUCUUCUGGAAUGUUGACCCCGUCUGGAGAGAAGUGUCGUAGUCUGGAGACUGUGAUCUCUUUGCUGGAGGUGCUGAAUGUGGGAAAGAGAUCCUUCAUGUUGGAUAUUCCAGCUCUGCUGCUGACCACUCUGGAGGAGAUGAACCCACACGAGCUGAAGACAUUUCAGUGGUAUCUGUAUAGGGCCUGGCUGCCUGGCUGUCCUCUCAUCCCAGAGAGACAGCUGGAGAACACUGACAGACAGGUCACAGUGGAUCAGAUGGUGAAGAGAUACGACCCUGAGGGAGCUGUGAGGAACACAAUCUGGAUCCUGAGGGAGAUGGACCGAGAUGAUCUGGCAGAGAAGUUAGAGAGAGAUCACACUAGAGUUCUACUGCUGACCACUCUGCAAGAGCUCACUGAAGAUCAGCUGAAGACAUUUCAGUCUAGUGGCAGGAUGUUAGGCUUUCCUCUCAUCCCAGAGAGCCAGCUGGAGAACACUGACAGACAGGACACAGUGGAUCAGAUGGUGAUGAGUUACGGCCCUGAGGGAGCUGUGAGCAACACAAUCUGGAUCCUGAUGGAGAUGGACCGACAUGAUGUAGCAGAGAAGUUAGAGAGAGAUCACACUAGAGCAACAACAUGGUGGAGAGACUCAUCAGACAGUGAUAAAUGGAGAAGGAGGAAGGAGGGUGCAGUAAUGAGGAGACGCUCCAUGUUGGAUGUUCCAGCUCUGCUGCUGACCAGUCUGGAGGAGCUCACUGAAGAACAGCUGAAGACAUUUCAGUCUUACCUGACUAGUGGCAGGAUGUUAGGCUUUCCUCCCAUCCCAGAGAGUCAGCUGGAGAACACUGACAGACAGGACACAGUGGAUCAGAUGGUGAAGAGAUACGACCCUGAGGGAGCUGUGAGGAACACAAUCUGGAUCCUGAGGGAGAUGGACCGAGAUGAUCUGGCAGAGAAGUUAGAGAGAGAUCACACUAGAGUUCUACUGCUGACCACUCUGCAAGAGCUCACUGAAGAUCAGCUGAAGACAUUUCAGUCUAGUGGCAGGAUGUUAGGCUUUCCUCUCAUCCCAGAGAGCCAGCUGGAGAACACUGACAGACAGGACACAGUGGAUCAGAUGGUGAUGAGUUACGGCCCUGAGGGAGCUGUGAGGAACACAAUCUGGAUCCUGAUGGAGAUGGACCGACAUGAUGUAGCAGAGAAGUUAGAGAGAGAUCACACUAGAGCUUGGCUGCUGAACUCUCUGGAGGAGCUGAACAUAAACGAGCUGAAGACAUUUCAAAACCACCUGACUAGUGGCAAGCGGCUUGGCUUUCCUCCCAUGCCAAAGAGCCAGCUGGAGAACACUGACAGACAGGUCACAGUGGAUCUGAUGAUGAAGAUAUACGACCCUGAGAGAGCUGUGAAGAUCACACUGAGCAUCCUGAGGUGGAUGAAUGACCAUGAUCUCACUGAGAAGUUACAGAGUGAUCACACAGAACCCUCCGGCCCUGAGGAAGCUGUGGAGAUCACACCGGAGAUCCUGAAGAAGAUGAACUGGGACGAUCUGUCAAAGAAGAUAGAGAGAGAGAGGUUUCCUGAGGACUUUGAACCAGAGGACUAUGAUCAGGAGGACAAUAGAACAUACCGGUUCCAGUGCCCCAGUGCAGGUCUGUUCCAGUGCAGUAUAACAGGCCUGGUGUUCAGGAUGGAGGGAGAAGGAGAGGUGCUCUAUAUGACAGUCCCCUGGGACAGGAAGCUUCUAGCCCAGUGUGUCAAGAGACCUGCAGGACCUCUGUUCAAGUUUAGAUGCCUUAAGGGGUCUGUCUGUCAACUACACCUUCCACACUGUGAGAUCUGCCCUGGUGGUGGAUGUGACUUCCUGUCUGUAGCCCAUGUGACUGAUGACAACAUUGAGUUUAUCCCUCCUCAUAAGAUAACAGAAACACACGUCAUAAUAAACAUCUAUGGAUUCUGUGCUUAUGGCCUCAUCAAGGAUAAGGAUGCUCCUGUCUUCCCUAUCAAAGCCCAGGUGUUGUUGUUCUACCAUCCAUCAGAUGACCCUGAACUGGAACCUGUACUGCAUGUGUUGUUGCUGCCGCGGAACGUUGUCCUAAUGAAGGUGCAAGAGGAGAGGGCGAGGAGGAAUGGCAUGAGAGAAACCUUCAUUGAAACCACCUCUGACUGUGAACUGACCCCUGAUCAGAUUUACAGCCUCUCCACUGAUGGGUAUCAUAAGGUGACACCUAAGAACAAAAAGUUUGAUAAUGAUAAAGACUACGAAAACUACACCACAACGUUUGCGGUAUUCUUACCUGCCAAAAUUAAAAAAGCUGAACUGACAUUGAAGAAGAAGAAGAAUAUAGCCUGGUCCAUAUUAGACCUACUGUCCAGUCUAUUUGUGAAUCAUGAAUAUCCGUGGAAGGGUUUCUACAGACAUCAAGCCCCUCUCCCUGCAGCCACUCCUACCAAACCCCCUACUUUCCCAGGACAAGACUUCAUUCCAAAACACAGGAUUGCUCUAGAAACUCGCCUGGGACUCUUGCAGCCCAUUCUCUUGCAUCUGGAGGAUCACAAGGUUCUGAAUGCUGAGGAGAGGGAGGAGGUGGUCAGUAAAUCCACCAAGACACUACAGAACCAAGCCCUGCUGGGCAUGGUGGUGAGGAAAGGGGAUGAAGCCCAGGAGAAGUUCUACCAGGUCCUGAGAGAAGCAGACCACUUCCUGGUCAGAGACCUGGAGAAGAAGAAAGCCUGAGAGGUUACCAUGGAUACAACAACAUAUGGAGAUAUUUCACUAUACUACUAAUAAAUGACCUGAGACAGGUAGCCAUGGAUACAACCUCACAACCUCAGAAUAUAUCAAAACAUUCAUAAGAGACAGAGAGCAACUUUGAGGAGGAGCCAUCCUGACCAGAGGUGGUUGGUGUGUAACGUGAUUGGACAGCAUUCUCACCAGCACUCCCAUCAGUCUGUAGUUUAUUAUACAAGCCCCAGGACUCAGGCAAGGUGACAUCACUGUGAGGCUACUGUCUACCAGACAACCUACCUGUGUUACUCUGGUACACUGGCUACAGACUACAAGAUCAGGACUACUGUCUACCAGACAACCUACCUGUGAUACUCUGGUACACUGGCUACAGACUACAAGAUGAUUGAAUUUCUAUUUGUAACAUGGUGAAUGUUGAAUCAUCAUCUUGGACUUAACAUCUACCAGACAACUGACUUGUAUUGGACAGCUGUACUGGCUGAACACCAGAUAUAUCUCUGUUUAGAUAUAGAGUAUAUGUUUAUAUAACAGCAUUUUUAAGAGCAUCUUUUAAAAUGAAUGACAUUUUCCAACAAUAGGGACUAGUCUCCUUUUGUGAUUGAUCAGGAGAAAUAGGAGCAACUCUUGAGAUAAGGACUGUGUCCUUUAUGUUUGACUUUGCUGCCAUUACAGACUUAAUCAGCCUGAAUCUCAGGGACUCAUUUCACUCUCAGGGAAAGAUGUCAUAUUGUGUAGUGUUUAAAUAUCUGUUAUAGUGUUUUGUAAUUGCAUGAAUCUAUUUCAUCUCCCUCAAUUCAAUUGAGAUUACAAAUACUGUAUAUCAGCAGUAGGGGGAAGCAGACUCACUGUCCGUCCCACCAGUUGUUUCUGUUGCCUAGCAACGGAGCGUCGCGUAGCAUGGUAAACAUCAUUAAAGUGAAUAUUGUGCUCCUCUAUUGAGCAUAAAAGGACGUUCAAGGGCAAAACAUUGUUGUUGUUUACAGUAGCUUGUUUGUAAUAUUGCAAAUGGACGUGGCUGUUUAACCAUUAAGGAUUCCAGCUUUAAUCAGCCUGAAUGUCAGGGAGUCAUUUCACUGUGGUCAAUUCAGAAUUGAAUUUAGAAUGGCUCAUGAAUUUGAAUUAAUAAGCAGGAUACCGAAUUGCAAUUCAAGGAAAUAGAGUUGAAUUCAGUAAUAUUCAAAUGCCUAUUCGAUUCUAUAGUUGUAGUCUAUACAAAUAUACAUCUUGUAAAUAAAAUACCAAACAUGUUAUAUACAUGCAUAUAAAAUAUUGAUGAAACAAUUGAUUUUCAGGACAAACUCUUAAAAUGAAUGAAAACAAGGAAAACAAAACCUGUAGUUAUAUUUAAUUAAUCACUUAAAUGUUGUUCAAUAUAGGGAAAAUACGCCAGUUCCCACAAUGCAUUAGUUUAAUGCACAAAUUUACCCUAAAGCCUUCAAGACAAAGCCAAACAAAUGAAAUGGUUGGUGGAAAUAUAAUGGUUUAUUCUAAGCAGUAAGGUUAAUAGAGUAUAAUGAACAUUGUUUCCAGAGAAAAGUGAUAUAUUCUUUGGUUUCUGGAAGUGUGACCUGUCAGAUUCAAUGAAACUCAUGUUCUGAUAGAGUUGAAUUCAGUAAUAUUCUGUCACGGUGCGGACUUUUGCCCGUCGCCUGCAGCAAAAGCCUCUAUCCCGUCCUCUGGCUGGGCAGAGUACUGUAGGAUUUUAGUCACUUCGGUGUAACAAGGGCCUCUGGCUGGGCAGAGUACUGUAGGAUUUUAGUCACUUCGGUGUAACAAGGGCCUCUGGCUGCGCAGAGUACUGUAGGAUUUUAGUCACUUCGGUGUAACAAGGGCCUCUGGCUGGGCAGAGUACUGUAGGAUUUUAGUCACUUCGGUGUAACAAGGGCCUCUGGCUGGGCAGAGUACUGUAGGAUUUUAGUCACUUCGGUGUAACAAGGGCCUCUGGCUGGGCAGAGUACUGUAGGAUUUUAGUCACUUCGGUGUAACAAGGGCCUCUGGCUGCGCAGAGUACUGUAGGAUUUUAGUCACUUCGGUGUAACAAGGGCCUUGCCGUGCGGCCCCACCAACUCUUCUAUGUAUUCGUAAUGGCCCUUCGCGUGAGUUGGAUUUGUCCCUUCGUUCACGUUGUUACUCCCUUUAUAGGUCUAUCGUGGGUUCUUUAGAGUAUUAUAUUCCUUCUAACUACUCAAGUUCAAUACUAAAAUCUCCUUUAUUAACCACCUGUCCUUUUUAUUAUUUAUAUAUCAAUACCUAGUAAUCUCUUAUUGAUUAUUAUGCUCGUCAGCUCGUAGUCACUUGGAAACUAGUAUUGUUAUAUGUGGGAUGUAACUUCUAAUCCCUGAUAUUGCCAGGUCGCAAUUGUAAAUGAGAACUUGUUCUCAACUUGCCUACCUGGUUAAAUAAAGGUGAAAUAAAUAAAAAAUAUAUACUUUUUAUUGUCCACACAAUCAAGUAUUCUUUAGUGCUAUAGCCUAUAACCAGUGUCACUUUCUGUUCAGUGAGAGUGUCAAAGGCGUUUGCUCUUCAGAUUGUUAAACUGGCCUAGUUGUCAAAGUUUCUAGCUUUUAUUAAAUCACUCUGUUUUUUGUCUUAUACACGUUAUCACACUUCAAUGGUUAUACAGAUUCCUUUAAUACAACAAUAGUGCUCUAUAAUAAUAAUAAUAAUAAUAAUGUAAUAAUAUAUGCCAUUUAGCAGACGCUUUUAUCCAAAGCGACUUACAGUCAUGUGUGCACACAUUCUACGUAUGGGUGGUCCCGGGAAUCAACCCCACUACCCUGGCGUUACAAGCGCCAUGCUCUACCAACUGAGCUACAGAAGGACCACCUCUAUCAAUCCUUAAUACACUUUAUAUUAAUUCCAGCUAAUAUUGCAAAUAUUAAAUGCGUUAACACUUCUAACAAUAUUAAUUAAAUAGCAACAAAAAAAAUUACCUUAAAUGCUCAGUCCCUUGGUCACUCUCCCAUAAUUGGUAUUCUCUCCGUACUACUACUAAGAUCCGAAUUCCACUAUUCUAAUACUAUUCACUUCCAGCUCUGUGUAUAGACUCAAUAUAUUGUAACUGGUAUUUGGCUGUUUCCUUUUAUAAGUACUUAGGCAAAAUUAGUCCAACAAAAGGCGUAUAGUGCAAUAGUAAAUUUACCUACGAUGAUUCUCGAUAUGAAUUUUGUCUCAUAUGCUGCUGAGAAAUCAUGCCUCCUUUAUGAGCUUCGCUCUCUUCAUAUACCUUUUUACAGGGGAGGUUCGCAAAGGAAACCACCAACCACACUGCACAAUGUUAGCUCUAUUUGCUGUACAAUGAUGGCUCUCUUAUUACAUCCUUCUGAUUCACCCUUCUAAGUCUAAGUCACAGAGUACUGACGCCCAUAGCUCUGCUUCCGUGUUCUGAGGAGCAGAUUCCACUUGGUGAUACCAACUUGUUGUUUCCACUGUUGGGGGUGGUGUUUCAAGUCUCAGCUGAGAGGAGUCUAUGAUUAGUAUCUCCUCUGUCUCCCCCUGGUGUCCAGUAUUAGUAGGUGCAGCCCAUGGUUCCAUGAGGGCCCAUGGAUGUCCUGUAGCAGAGUUGUCUUCCCAUGUAGAGGGAUCCCUUUUUGUCACAACUCAAAUGCCUAUUCGAUUCUAUAGUUGUAGUCUAUAAAAAUAUACAUCUUGUAAAUAAAAUGCCAAACAUAUCUUAAUGUAAGGCUAGAAGGAGAGUCAGAACCGUACAGAGUAGUGGUUGAAGAUCGGUUGAAGAGCAUGCAUUUAGUUUCACUUGCAUUUAAGAGCAGUUGGAGGCCACGGAAGGAGAGUUGUUUGGCAUUGAAGCUUGUCUGAAGGUUAGUUAACACAGUGUCCAAAGAAGGGCCAAAAGUAUACAGAAUGGUGUCGUCUGCGUAGAGGUGGAUCAGCAAAUCACCAGCAGCAAGAGCUACAUCAUUGAUGUAUACAGAGGAAAGAGUUGGACCGAAGAUUGAACCCUGUGGCACCCCCAUAGAGAGUCUGUCAGAGGUCUGGAGAACAGGCCCUCCGAUUUGACACACUGAAGUCUAUCUGAGAAGUAGUUGGUGAACCAUUGAGAAACCAAGGCUGUUGAGUCUGCUGAUAAGAAUGUGGUGAUUGAUAGAGUUGAAAGCCUUGGCCAAGUUGACGAAUACAGCUGCACAGUAUUGUCUCUUAUCGAUGGCGGUUAUGAUAUCGUUUAGGACCUUGAGUGUGGCUGAGGUGCACCCAUGACCAGCUCGGAAACCAGAUUGCAUAGCGGAGAAGGUGCGGUGGGAUUCGAAAUGGACGGUGAUCUGUUUGUUAACUUGGCUUUCGAAGACCUUGGAAAGGCAUGGCAGGAUAGAUAUAGGUCUGUAGCAGUUUGGGUCUAGAGUGUCUCCCCCUUUGAAGAGGGGAAUGACCGCGGCAGCUUUCCAAUCUUUGGGGAUAUCAGACGAUACGAAAGAGAGGUUGAACAGGCUAGUAAUAAGGGUUGCAACAAUUUCUGUGGAUCAUUUUUGGAAGAGAGGGUCCAGAUUGUCUAGCCCGGCUGAUUUGUAGGGGUCCAGAUUUUGCCGCUCUUUCAGAACAUCAGCUAUCUGGAUUUGGGUGAAGGAGAAAUGGGGGAGGCUUGGGCAAGUUUCUGUGGGGGGUGCAGGGCUGUUGACCGGGGUAGGGGUGGCCAGGUGGAAAGCAUGGCCAGCCAUAGAAAAAUGCUUCUUGAAAUUCUAAAUUAUUGAGGAUUUAUCAGUGGUGACAGUGUUUCCUAGCCUCAGUGCAGUGGGCAGCUGGGAGGAGGUGCUCUUAUUCUCCAUGGACCAUUUCUGUUUGGAAAAGCUAGCCUUUGCUUUCAUAACUGCCUGUGUAUAUUGGUUCCUAACUUCCCUGAAAAGUUAAAUAUCGCAGGGGCUUUUCGAUGCUAAUGCAGUACGCCACAGGAUGUUUUUGUGCUGGUCGAGGGCAGUCAGGUCUGGAGUGAACCGAGGUCUAUAUCUGUUCCUGGUUCUACAUUUUUGAAUGGGGCAUGCUUAUUUAAGAUUUUGAGGAAAGCACUUUUUAAAGAAUAACCAGGCAUCCUCUACUGACGGAAUGAGGUCAAUAUCCUACCAGGAUAACCGGGCCAGGUCGAUUAGAAAGGCCUGCUCGCGGAAGGGUUUUAGGGAGUGUUUGACAGUGAUGAAGGGUGGUCGUUUGACUGCAGACCCAUUACGGACGCCGGCAAUAAGGCAGUGAUUGCUGAGAUCCUGGUUGAAGAUAGCAGAGGUGUAUUUGGAGGGCAUGUUGGUUAGGAUGAUUUCUAUGAGGGGGCCCGUGUUUACGGAUUUGGGGUUGUACCUGGUAGGUUCACUGAUAAUUUGUGUAAGAUUGAGGGCAUCAAGCAUAGAUUGUAGAAUGGCCGGGGUGUUAAGCAUGUCCCAGUUUAGGUAACCUAGCAGCACGAGCUCUGAAGAUAAUGGGGGGCAAUCAAUUCACAUAUGGUGUCCAGGGCACAGCUGGGGGCUGAAGGGGAUCUAUAACAAGUGGCAGUGGUGAGAGACUUGUUUCUGGAAAGGUGGAUUUUUAAAAGUAGAAGCUCAAAUUGUUUGGGAACAGACCUGGAUAGUAAGACAGAACUCUGCAGGCUCUCCCUGCAGUGGAUUGCAACUCCGAUCCCUUUGGCAGUUCUAUCUUGUGGGAUUGGCUUCUUGGUUCCUCUUAAAGCUUCUCUUCAAGGGACUUUUUUUCAUUUUUUUUUGCCACCAUCACUUCUGCUUACUGUCCUGGGGUCAAAGGUUGGCUCACUCUGUGGGCAUUUCGUCCAGACACCUUGACUACAUCAAGCGACACCGCCAACCAUUCAGCACCUGCAGUACAAAACGUCUCACUUCCUCUCCAGGGUCCGACUAACUUGGAGUUCUCUUUUUGGUGAUUGCCUUUACCACAGUAGCCUAACUACCACAGCCUGAUGGUGAAGUCUACCUGAGGCUCCUAGCCAAACCCUACAGAGUGAACCCCUCCUGAAUCCCUCCUCUACAGCCCUCUGCUUCAUCCGGUCCAUUCUCAUUUCCCUCCUGAAUCCCUCCUCUACAGCCCUCUGCUUCAUCCGGUCCAUUCUCAUUUCCCUCCUGAAUCCCUCUGCUUCAUCCGGUCCAUUCUCACUCCCCUCCUGAAUCCCUCCUCUACAGCCCUCUGCUUCAUCCGGUCCAUUCUCACUCCCCUCCUGAAUCCCUCCUCUACAGCCCUCUGCUUCAUCCGGUCCAGUCUCAUUUCCCUCCUGAAUCCCUCUACUUCACCCGGUCCAUUCUCACUCCCCUCCUGAAUCCCUCUGCUUCACCCGGUCCAUUCUCACUCCCCUCCUGAAUCCCUCUACUUCAUCCGGUCCAUUCUCAUUUCCCUCCUGAAUCCCUCUACUUCAUCCGGUCCAUUCUCACUCCCCUCCUGAAUCCCUCUGCUUCAUCCGGUCCAUUCUCACUCCCCUCCUGAAUCCCUCUGCUUCAUCCGGUCCAUUCUCACUCCCCUCCUGAAUCCCUCUGCUUCAUCCGGUCCAUUCUCAUUUCCCUCCUGAAUCCCUCUGCUUCAUCCGGUCCAUUCUCAUUUCCCUCCUGAAUCCCUCUGCUUCAUCCGGUCCAUUCUCAUUUCCCUCCUGAAUCCCUCUGCUUCAUCCGGUCCAUUCUCACUCCCCUCCUGAAUCCCUCUGCUUCAUCCGGUCCAUUCUCAUUUCCCUCCUGAAUCCCUCUGCUUCAUCCGGUCCAUUCUCACUCCCCUCCUGAAUCCCUCUGCUUCAUCCGGUCCAUUCUCACUCCCCUCCUGAAUCCCUCUACUUCAUCCGGUCCAUUCUCACUCCCCUCCUGAAUCCCUCUACUUCAUCCGGUCCAUUCUCAUUUCCCUCCUGAAUCCCUCCUCUACAGCCCUCUACUUCAUCCGGUCCAUUCUCAUUUCCCUCCUGAAUCCCUUCUCUACAGCCCUCUACUUCAUCCGGUCCAUUCUCAUUUCCCUCCUGAAUCCCUCUGCUUCAUCCGGUCCAUUCUCAUUUCCCUCCUGAAUCCCUUCUCUACAGCCCUCUGCUUCAUCCGGUCCAUUCUCAUUUCCCUCCUGAAUCCCUCUACUUCAUCCGGUCCAUUCUCAUUUCCCUCCUGAAUCCCUCUACUUCAUCCGGUCCAUUCUCACUCCCCUCCUGAAUCCCUCUGCUUCACCCGGUCCAUUCUCACUCCCCUCCUGAAUCCCUCUACUUCAUCCGGUCCAGUCUCAUUUCCCUCCUGAAUCCCUCUACUUCAUCCGGUUCAUUCUCAUUUCCCGACUGAAUGCACGUUCUCACUUCCAUUCCAUUUCCUCAAUAAAUAUUCUAGACCCA